UAAAAAAAAUAAAGCCAUUUUCCGAUUUCUAAGAAGGAACCAGUUUUUGUUCCCACUUUCCUAAGUUUCCUUCUCGCUCCCGUCUCUGAAAUUUCGAGGGUUUCAUCGUUGCUGAAUCAACAAUUCGGAACCAGUUAGCAAUGUUCAGAUUCUGGGGAUCACAAGAGCAACAAUCACAGGAUGGUUCUUCGCAGUCACAGUCGUGGUAUCCGCCGUCGGUGGUGAGUUCACCAACUUCGUCGAGGCCUGUUACACCGACUGCAUCUUCUUCUUCAUUAUCACAGAGGCCUUCGUCUCAUGUUCCACCUUCUGAAGCUGCUGCAGUUAUUGCCGUUUUGAAGGACAAGAGUGUUGAUGAGUUGCGGAAGCUUUUAUCUGACAAAGAUGCGUAUCAACAGUUUUUGCAUUCACUUGAUCAGGUCAAGAUUCAAACUAAUCUGAAAGAUGAACUUUGCAAGGAGAAUUUACAGCUUGCAGAGGAAAAUCUUCAAAAGGAACCUCGUAUCAUGGAACUUAGGAAUCAAUGUAGAAUAAUUCGGACAACCGAGUUAGCUGCUGCUAAGGAGAAACUAAAUGAGCUUGAGAAGCAGAAAGAAGACAUGUUGAAAUUGAAUUCCGCAGCAUCCCUUCUCCAAAGGAUUCAAGAGUCUGUGAAUAAGACCGACGAGGAAUCUGAAAACUUGCACCACAAUCUCCUUGACAGAGAGAUUGACCUUGGUGCUUUUUUGCAAAAGUACAAGAAGCUACGUACCACUUACCACAGGAAGACUCUCGUACAUCUUGCUGCCAAAACAUCAACAGUAUGAGCACUGACAUGAAAUAUUAAGAAAUUAAAACUGGUUUUGGCAAGUAUGUAUUUGAUUUUUGGUUCAUUAUUGUCAAUAGUUAUCAUUGGUCAAAGAUACUUGCCACCAAAUUACAUAGAGUCACAGUCGUUGGGAUAGAACCAUCUACUACAAAUUAGAUUGUUCAUAUAUGUGCAGCCUGAGAUUGUUCAUUGUGGUGACAUUGUCGAGUGGUUUCAUGCCACUUGGAAUGAGGUAUGGACUUGCAUUUACUUUUCUAGUUUGCCAUCGGCUAUCUUCAACUUUAUUUGUAUGAACUCUGAAGUGUGCUGUAGCUUAUGAGAUCAUCAUCGCCGAUAUAGGAUUUACUGUUGUGUUGUAAAAUGUAAAAAAUGCUGACUUUCUUUUCUUUGGGAGCAACUACAAGUUUUUCAGAACCCA